UUCACUUGAUUGAUGUAUUGCCCCUCAGUGUUGUAAAAAAAAAUGGUCCCCAUAUGGUUUAGUUAGUGUAUGUUGGACCCUAUGAAAGACAGCAAGGCCCGCUUAAUGACAAUAACGCUGGAAAGAACAGGGGAUUCUCAAUUGGUAAUUAACAAAUGUUGGAUACAAGGGCUCAUUAAGCCACAGCAGGGCCACCAGACAUCUCCAAACCACAGCACAGCAUUCAGCCAUUGAGAGAGCGGUCCUUUCAGUGGGAAGAGAGGAAGAAAGAAAAAAGAAAAAAACAUGUUGCCUUCGCAAGAAGCCUCCAAGAUUUACCAUGACAACUACAUGCGCAACUCCCGCGCUAUCGGGGUGCUGUGGGCGAUCUUCACCAUUUGCUUCGCCAUCGUCAACGUGGUGGUGUUCAUCCAGCCCUACUGGAUCGGGGACAGCGUCAACACGCCGCAGGCUGGCUACUUCGGCCUCUUCCACCACUGUGUCGGCACCGGCUCGCCCAACCGGGAGCUCACGUGCGUGGGGAGCUUCUCCGACUUCAGCUCGAUCCCGUCCGGGGCUUUCAAGGCAGCGUCGGUGUUCGUCCUGAUGUCCAUGGUGCUGACCCUUAGCUGCAUCGCCUGCAUGAUGCUCUUCUUCUUCUGCAACACCUCCACGGUGUACAAGACCUGCGCCUGGAUGCAGCUCCUAUGUGGGGUAUGCUUGGUGCUGGGCUGCAUGAUCUUCCCGGACGGCUGGGAUGCAGAGGUGAUCCGGGACAUGUGCGGCGAGCAGACCGGGAAGUACUCCCUGGGCGACUGCUCCGUGCGCUGGGCCUACAUGCUGGCCAUCAUGGGCAUCCUCAACGCCCUCUUCCUCUCAUUUCUGGCCUUCGUUCUGGGCAACCGUCAGACCGACUUCUACCUAGACGACUUGCAGACGGACAAUAAGGAUUUUGCAGUGUCAAGGAUUGAGGUACGGGACAGACUAGAACCACGAUACGGAGUCCAGCGCCUUCACUGAGGGACCAUUCUCUUCAGUUUUCUCAUAUUUUCUUCAUGUUACCUUUUUUGUUGUUGCUUCUUUUCGCUCUUUCUCUGCUGUUUCUGUGCUUUCUCCUGCUUUCCUAUCCCAUGUUCUGUCCUCUCCUCUGUCCCCUUCCCAUCUUGCUCUGCUCGGUUCUGCCGCUCUUACUUUCCCUCCACAAGACUUUUCUACUUUACUCUGUCCUCUGCUCACUCUGAUAAGGGUAAAACCUUGCGUUGUAUAGCAUUCUGUUAUAAAACUAAAUACAAUAAAUUGGAUAAACAUAUAUUUUCAAAAAUAAACCAUGUACAGUUUAAACUUUAGACUUUCUCAACAAAUAACUUUCUGAUAAAAAAACACACAAAAAAAUAAGUUCAUUUGCGUGGGGAAAAUGGAUCCUUCAGGUGAUGAACCGUAUUUCUAUGGCUCCAACAACACUCGUUUUCUAGAGCUCUGCUUAACUUUGGCCCCGUUUACACAAGCUUUUUUCAAAUCACGAUUUGAAAAUCUAUUGCAAUGCGAAGUGAG